GUUGCGGAGCGGAGCCGCUCUGCGGGCCCGCGCCUCCUGCCGCCGGCAGCGCGCCGCCGGAGCGCCGCCGAUCCCGCGGGAGACUCCCAGAAGCCAGCAGAAUUACUGACUGGCAAUCAUGUCGGUCAAACUCACAUUCGUCUCUCCUGGUGAUGGAGGUAGUAUCAGCAGAAGUUGUUCCUUCACUGGAUUCAGCACUAUGCAAAGCAGAAAAUUAGUAAAGUCUCUCAGCAGAAGUUCAGUGAGAUCAAGGAUGUCACUGAGAUCCCCCAAGGUUUAUUCUUCCCUGCAGAAGGGAGUAGUCGUCUGGGAUCCAAAACCACUUCAGGUGAAGAAAAUUUUUGAAGCUUUGAAGAAAGGACUUAAUGAAUACUUGGAAGCACAUCAGGCUGAACUGGAUUAUCUCUCAGGUCGACACAAAGAUACAAAGAGGAAUUCCAGAUUGGCCUUCUAUUAUGACCUGGACAAGCAAAUUCGCUCUGUGGAGAGAUACAUCAGAAAAUUGGAAUUUCAUAUAAGCAAGGUAGAAGAGCUGUAUGAAGCUUACUGUAUCCAGUGCAGGCUACGAGAUGGAGCUGCUAAUAUGAAACAUGCCUUUUCCUUGUCUCCUUCAACUAAAGCCUCCAGAGAGAGCCUAGUGGAGCUUUACAAGAAUUUCCAAGGGUGCACAGAGGAUAUGUGCUUUAUAGAAGGGGCAUUGGAGGUCCAUUUGGGAGAGUUUCACUUGAAGAUGAAAGUGUUGUAUAACGUGAUCUGCAAUGGUAUUUUACAUUUGAGAACAAAAGCUGGCAUGUUUUCUUCCCUCAACUCAAGACUAGUUGGCUUUGCACGUCUCUGCCCAGGAGACCAAUAUGAGGUGUUUGUGCGCCUGGGACGCCAAAAAUGGAGGCUGAAAGGCAAGAUUGAGACAGAUGAUAGCCAAACAUGGGAUGAGGAAGAGAAGAUUUUUAUACCUAAUCUGCAUGAGAAGUUUGAAAUCAAGGUGACAGAACUGCGAGGACUAACCACUAUUCUAGUUGGUGUGGUGACAUGUGACAGCAUAAACUUCUUUACAACAAAGCCUCAGGCAAUCAUUGUGGAUAUAACUGAGCUGGGCACCAUCAAGCUACAACUAGAGGUCCUCUGGAACCCCUUUGACACAGACAACCAGUUUUUGUCACCUGGAACCACUGCCAAAUUUUCUAUGGGUAGCAGGAGAAGUUCUUUAUACAACUGGACCCCACCAAAUACUCCCAGCUUCAGAGAGAAAUAUUAUCUGUCUGUUUUACAACAAAGGCAGAAGCAAGAGGAUGUAAAACAUGAAGCUCAGCCUCCCAGCAUAUUGAGCUACUUGACUGCCUGUGAUUUCAGUGUGCAUUCAAGAAGCAAACCUCUCAGUGCUGCAGAGACAAGCGAAGUAGACUCGUUCAGCUCUGAGGAUCAGAAAGGGACGGAGUCCAGAAAUACAACUCCAGCUCUAGGCCAUAGGACAUUACCAUUGGUAAUCAUUAAGGAGACUAGUGCAGAGGAAGGACAACGUGCUCUUCCAAAUCACACAACUCUAGAUAUCCUGAAGAAGACUCCGUGUGCGGAUGGAUUUUCAAAUACCCCAUCUAGUUUUCUGAUUCGUGGCAAAGGCAGUAGAGAUUCUAUCAACCAGACCAGAAAUCGCCAUUUGACAGAGCAAGAAAACCUCAGCCAGAAAAGCUUGAAUGCUGAAAAUGACCUAAAACUAGAUGGAUAUGCAAAGUCAAUCGAUAAGACUCUCCAAGAAAUAUUAAAUUUGCUGAAGUUGCAGGAUAUGAGGCAAGCCCAGCUGAAGAAAUUGGAAUACCAGGUUUUGUCUAUAAGGGAAAAAUUAAAGCUGAAGACAAUUCCUCACAAACAUUCAUCUAUGGAAAGUUUAAUGGUGGAAACAGUGUUGGAAAGUUUUGACUUUUUGAAUACUGACUGUAGUGCUGAUGAACUUUCAUUAUUUGGAAGCAUAAGAACAGCCAGUAUCAGCACAUACAAUGACAGCACAGUGCAGUCCCUGAGCUGUGACAUGAAAACAGAAGAAAGAGGUGUAACUACUGGUGACGAAAGCCUAGAUACACUUUUGAUAACUCAUUUGAAGCUGUGCAAAUCCCUUUUGCAGAAACUGAGGUCAUCAAAUGUAGCCCAGAUUGUCCAGGAGAGCCUUUUGGAAGAAGUGUCACAGCAGACACAAGUCCUGGGGGAAGUCUUGGAUGGAUCUGUUGAAGAGAUUAUUCAGAAGACUAAAAAGAAGAAGCAUUUUCUGAAAAUCUGGAAUGACAUUGCAGAGGCUGGCAGCAUGUUGUUUGCUUCAGUAGAAAGGUUCCGUCAUGCACUGAAGUACAUACUAACGCUCAAAGUGAAGGAAAAAUACCCCGGUCAAUUAGAAGCAGCAUUGCAGAGAUUCCUAGAGCAGAUUAUCACCUGUGAUGGGUUGCUCCCCUCUCUGUACCUCCAGACAGAAGCAGUUACUUUAUUCCAAUUUUGUAGCUACCUGGAAAAGCACAAUAUUACCAGCCUGGAGAAACACUUGGGAAAACUUGCUAAAGAAGUAAUGCUAAUUGAGGAGCUACAGUGCCCUGGACGGCUAAAGACUCUUAAGAAACUGAAAGGAAAGCGACUGAACAAGCUCCAACCUCUACCACAGACUUUACGGCUACUUGGGAUUCUACAGCUAGAUGACAACCAUCGUGUCAGCAAAGCAGCCACUUCCUGCCUUUCCCGUGCAGCAGCAAACAAGAACUUUAGGGGAAAGGCUCUGCUUUUUUACACUGAUGUUUUAGCUGACUGUGAUGCAAGACUUCAGCAAGCUGCGUGUUUGGCCCUCAAAAAUCUCAGAGGUGUAGAAAGUAUUGAGGAGGUUGCCCGUCUGUGCCAAUCUGAAACAGAGGAAGUUCGAAAUGCAGCCAGGGAAACAACACUAUCAUUUGGUGAAAAGGGACGGCAAGCCUUUGAGAAAAUGGACAAGAUUUGCUGUGAAUUAAGAGACACUGUAAACCAAGAGGCUGAAAUUGAAAUCACAGUAUUUUAGUAGUGGAAUAUGAGAAGCUAAAUCACAUUGUCUACAAAGACAGAUGUGGGUACCUUAAGAUUUUAGUUUGUUGUUUACAUGUCUGGUUUACUUCCUCUGCUAUAUACACACUCUAUAUUGACAGAGUACAGGUUUCCAAAGUGGAGAGUAGUAUGCAACCUAGACUAAGUAGACUGGAAUCUGUCUUUUUCACUCCUAGCACUGGUGAAAUCUCAAGUGCUAGAAGAAUAGAAAACAGGAUAUCCUAGAAUAUGGAACCAGGUUGUCACUUGAGUUAAAUCCUUAUCUCAUUGGAAACAUCUUCUGCACAAACUGUAAGUCAAAUUUGAUAUGUUUUCCUGUAAGGAUUUUAUUAGUUUAUUUGACACUUCUCAAAGAGGAACAAAAUGAAGGCUCUCCAAUUUCGGGAGCAAAACAGUUCAUCUAGAAAUUUCCCUAGUGAAAUCAAAUUCUGGAUGCUACUCCUAGAUGCCAUAAUGCAUCUAGGAAUGGGAAAAAAAAUCAGGAAGAAAAUUACUAGAUGGCUAGAACACUCACCUGUAAUACUCAGCUUUAGUUUACCCCCAAGUGUUUGUAAGAAAGAUGUCAAAUUGCUGCUUAAAAAAAUGAAAGCUGACUUGAGUUAGUGUAAAAAUCUUAGACUACUUUGGUUCCAGAAACAGUUCAUUCUAUAGCAUGAGUGAACUGAAAAUUUGUUUCUUGGAGAGAUUGUGGUGGACAAUGACCGAACCUUAUUUGUAGCGUUUUCUAGCAGUUCCACACUGGGAUGCAGUUAGUUCUUUUUAGUUCCAAAACUAGCAGACAACACAGCUUAUCGAUAUCAGCUGCCAUAUACAUUAUUUGCAGGGCAAGAGAUCAGGAGCCUACCUAUUAUUUUGUACGAUUUUGUUUCAGAAGCAAAGCUUGCUACUUCAAAAGCUCAUUUUUUGUAAUUAUUACACCUUGGAAAAGUUUCAAGCAAAGACUGAUCAGGGCAAAUAUAAAGUCUAUAUCCUCAGCAGUCUACAAUAGGAAGUUACAUAUCUUUAGCUACAUUCAUGUAUAGAUCUAAUUGGCAUAUGGACAGGUCAGUCCAAGUUGUUUUUUUUUUUUUUUUAAUGUACCUUUUAUUCAUUUAGUCAUCGGUCAGGAUUUCUCAAAAUCAUAUACCCAUUGUCAGGCUUCUUUGUCAAUGUUUGUCUCCUCUAGUGGAGGGUAGUCAUAAAGAGAAGUCUGACUUCAGGUAAAAUACUUGAAAGGGUUUGACUUGUGUGUGUAUAUAUUAUAUAAAUAGUACUUUUCUAUUCAGUAUUUAUUUGUUGGAUUUCAUAUUGUUUUCUACAACUGUAAUAAAACAUUUGAGACAA